AUGACGGACCAGUCACCGCAACUCAGCCACGAGCAGGCGCGUGAUUCCGAAGCCCAACAGCCCAAGCAUGAACAAGCGCCUGAAUCAAACGAAUCGGCCCAACCAGUAAAGGACGAUAGUUCCGACGAUGGCGCGCAUGAACCAGAGACCGAGCCGGUGGAUAAGGAGGGGAAAGACGAGGUGAAAGAUACAAAAUCCCAGGCAAGCAACGCUGGGAAGGCAAGCGAAGACGGAGACCAAGAAGAAACAGAUGAAGAGGAAGAGGAGGAUGACGAAGACGACGAGGACGACGAUGAAGAUGACGAUGAGGAUGAGGAUGAGGAUGACGACGACGAAGAAGACGAAGACGAGGACGACGAUGAAGAUGACGAUGAGGAUGAGGAUGAGGAUGACGACGACGAAGAAGACGAAGACGAGGAGCCUAAACUCAAGUAUGCUCGGUUGACUCAACAUCUCAAUGGAGUAUAUCGAAACGGCGACGCAACUAGCGCAUUCCUGGUCGCUGGAGAUAAAAUGAUUGUUGGAACGCAUAAUGGCAAUAUCCACAUCGUUCAACUCCCAAUGUUCCAGUCCAUGAGGGUAUACCAUGCGCAUUCCGCUUCAGUGACGUCCAUAUCAAUAUCGCCAUACCCGCCCCCUCUACCAACCGAGACGCCAGAGGGAGCGCACAAGCAUACAUCCCACAGCAGCGCCAGCAUAGCUUCAAGUCGACAAACAGAUUCAUCCCCUGCAGCAUCGAGAAGACCAAAGGAGGCGUCACAAAUACCGCGAAUACCAUCAAACGACAUUUACGUCGCCACUUCAUCGUUAGACGGCAAUGUCUGUGUCCAGAAUUUGAUUGAUAUGAAGGACGUCCAGCUGCGAAACUUCGCUCGACCUGUACAGGCGGUAGCUCUGUCUCCUGAAUUUAAGACGGAUCGAACCUAUCUGUCGGGAGGUCUUGCUGGACAGCUUAUACUUACCGCAGGGGGUGGCCCAGGUCGUAGUACUUCAACCACGACUGGAACUGCGGCCGCGACAGCUUCCGGCUGGCUAGGCAGUAUGGGGCUUGGCGGCAACGCAGGUAAAGAUACCAUUCUACACUCUGGAGAAGGGGCCAUCAGCACUAUUAAAUGGUCAUUAUCUGGGAAGUUCGUGGUCUGGCUAAACGAGCAUGGUAUCAAAAUCAUGCGAUCAAAGUUACAUCUCGAAAGUGCAGAUGCAGAAGACGCGUGGAAACGAGUUGGACAUAUCGAUCGACCACAGACAGACGAAUGGGAAACCAUGGCCAGUGUAUGGAAAGGCCGUGUUGAAUGGAUUGACGAACAGGCUGUCGAAGUGGACGAGUCUGACCAAAACACCACCGAUAAGGGCAGUUCACUGGCCAAGGGAAAGCUCAAAUCACAGGCUCUUAUAAGCAAGAAGGGCAUUGAGCGCUUACUCGUCGGUUGGGGUGGUACAAUAUGGAUUAUACAUGUCCACCCUGGGGGUGUUGGUGUUGGUAGGCACGCUGGAGAGAAGACUAUCGGACGCGCAGAGAUUGUCAAGAUACUUCGCAUGGAUUGCAUCAUUUCUGGUAUUUCGUUAUAUACCCAGAGUCUCUUGUUAGUUCUUGCAUACCCUUUACCUGAAGACGAGGAUGAGGACGAGGAUGCUGUUGCAACUUCGCCAGACAAGAAGCACAAAUCCAACCCUUCAACGGGAAAUCAACCAUCGGGUGGUUUACACCGCCGACAGAAUAAUCAACCGCCGGAACUUCGUCUUAUCGAUCUCAACUCCCAAGCAGAAGCGGACAAGGAUAGUUUGAGCGUAAGUCGUUAUGAGAGAUUGUCGUCAGGCGAUUACCAUUUAGGAGUCUUGCCAGCACGCAACGCCGCGUCCGCAAUCGCUUCUUCCAGAGGCGCCUUAGAAGCGAUAGCUGGAAUCGGUACAGAUAUGUGGAACGCUGCCAUUAAUCCUCGCUCUCUCUUUAGCUCUGGUGCAAGUAUCCGUAGCCGUGGUAGCGGUGAUGAUUCUAGCAUCAGAGGAAGUACAGCAGGAACAAUUCGACCUGGGACGAACAGAGGCCUUUCGCCCACUGUCCAUUCAGGUCUUGUCAAGCCUGGUGUAAAGGUUUUCAUACACAGCCCGUAUGACUGUAUUCUUGCAACCAGGCGCGACUUGAGCGAUCAUUUGGGAUGGCUUCUAGAACGUCAACAAUACCAGCGUGCUUGGGAGUUACUCGACGAACACCCGGAGAUCAUGGCUCCAAACAACGAAAGAGCCGGUGAUGGUACUCCAACUACACCAACAUUCAAUCGAGAGGCAAGCGAUGAUUUCAAUGAUGACGAAUCCAUCAUUGAUACCCAAAUAAGAGAUUUCUAUUCCUCGGCCGAGAAGGAAAAGAGACGCAUCGGUGAACUCUGGAUUCAGGAGCUCAUUGAGGAUAACGACUGGGUGGCUGCCGGCAAGAUCUGUGGCCAAGUGCUCAAGACACCAGACCGAUGGGAGAAAUGGGUCUGGAGGUUUGCUGGUGCGAAGAAGUUUGAUGCUAUCACGAACUACAUUCCCACGGAACCUAUGCAUCCUCCACUUCCUUCAACCAUAUACGAGGUUGUGCUUGGACAUUACAUCCAGCACGACAAGCCAAGAUUCAGAGAACUCCUGGAUCGUUGGUCUCCCGAACUUUUCGACGUCAAGACGAUCACGACAGCGUUAGAGAACCAGCUCAAAUACCGCGACGUCCGUGAAGACAGUAUUGACGAUGGCGAAAAGGGGCGAGACUGGAGGAUUGUAAUGGAGAGCUUGGCGAGGUUACACGAGGCUAAUGGACGAUAUCGUGAAGCCCUCAAAUGUUACAUCAAACUCCAUGAUGCGGAUUCGGCCUUUAGGUUGAUUAGGGACAAUCAUCUUGCCGAAGCUGUUGAAGACGAUAUCCCUAGCUUCAUCGGUCUUCGUGUCCCGCCUGGUAAACUCAACCAGAUGACGGCAGAGGAACUCGAACACGCAACGUCUGAAGCUAUAACUCUGCUUGUUGAUGAAGCUCAGCAUGGUCUCCUGCGCCCCGAUGUUGUCGUGGAGCAGCUUCUGAGCCAGAAGCUCAAUCUGUACAUAUACUUUUACUUCAGGGGCCUGUGGAGAGGCGAGGGCAUUCAAGAGCACGGAGGAGAGAAUGUAGACCGGCUUGUUAUGGACAGCCAGUCGUUGGUGGACAGCUUUGCGGAUCUGGCGGUCCAUCUUUUCGCGACUUAUGACCGGACGUUGCUUAUGGAGUAUCUGAAGACCUCAGUGUCCUACACGUUCGAGAAGGCUGUUCAAGAGUGUGAGACUUUCUCAUACUAUGAUGAGCUAGUUUUCCUAUACUCCAAGACCGGACAGAUGAAGCGUGCUCUUUACCUCAUCAUCGAUCGCUUGAAGAACGUUCACAAGGCCAUCGAAUUUGCUAAGGAACAAGACGAUCCUGACUUAUGGGAGGAUCUCCUCAAAUACAGUAUGGAUAAGCCUAGCUUCAUCAGAGGCCUUCUCGAGCAGGUUGGAACUGCCAUCAACCCAAUUACUGUGGUGAAACGAAUUCCUGAAGGACUCGAGAUCGAGGGUCUUCGAGAAGGACUCACCCACAUGAUGAAAGAGCACGAGAUUCAAUACAGCAUUAGCUCAGGGGUUGCGCGCGUCCUUCGCAGCGAAGUAGCGACAGCCCAGAACGAGCUCAGGGCUGGCCAACGCAAAGGUAUCAAGUUUGAAGUUGUUAUGCAAGAUCAAGAGCAUGUGGAUGUCCAGGUCAAGGAUGUUCCCACUGAUCCUGAGAAUCCCGAGCGCAACGCUGCUCACCCAUCUACAAAACACGAUCACCGGGUACCGAAGCCAGGGCAUUGCGCAAGAUGCCACGAGCCUUUCACUGAGUAUGAGAUGGAGACUCUGGUAGGAUAUGCCUGCGGACAUGUGUUCCAUGCUGGAAAGUUUCACGGCGUCUAUACCUAG